UAUUACUUAUUAAGAUUUUUCCCAAGAGCAUUUAACGCAGCGUAGCGAAAUAAUAAGAAGGACUUUAGCUCUUUUGCGGCAGAUUAUUCUCCAUAUGGGAGAGUAUUUAUUUAUAUAAAAUUUUGCAUACACACAAGGAGGUGAAUUUUAUUGUGAACUGUCUUAAAAGAUUUGUUUAUAAAUUAAAAAAUUUCAGUUCUUCGGAAUUGUACACAGUCAAAACACGCAGGCAAUACAUACAUAUAUAUAGUGCGUGCGAUGAACAUACAGUGAUACAUUUGUUAAGUGAUCCCUACAUGUUGUUGUAUAAUUAAAGUUGGUUGGUUGAUGAGCGGCUAGCAGCUGUUGCAGAUGCUUGAGAGAAUUUAUUCGCUAGAGAACAAGGUUUUAAUAGUGGAAGAAAUAAUAAUUUUAGACAAUCUAAGAGAGGUGCAACAAUUGUGCAAACACAAAAAAAUUAAAAACCAAAUUUGCUCUGUAUUAAUUGGAACAUUGAAAAAAAAAACCGUAUUGCUACGCGAAAUCAUUUUGAAAUAUUAAAACAUUUUGAAGCGGUGACGAAGUCAAAUUCCUUGUGCCCAAUAGGCAGUUUCAAUCGGGCAGCAUUGAAUAACAGACGCACACAAGUGGCAAAGACCUUGAGCUGCCAGAUACAUUAAAGUGAACAAACGUAUUGAAAAUAUGUCGCGUUUUGUAGUUUUGUUUUUGUUGGGUGCCUUUGUGCUGGUAGUAAAUACAAUGCCUGCCAAUGCAGCCGUUGCUCACGGCCACAAACACGAAAAACAUAAUAGUAAAGAACGACUCAAGGACGGAAUAUAUUCUGGACGAGAUCUUCAUCAUCAAGAAAAUGGGGAACAUAAUGUGGAAUUCGAUCAUGAAGCAAUAAUUGGCAGCGUUAAGGAAGCACAAGAAUUUGACAAGCUGACACCUGAAGAAUCUAAAAAACGCUUGCUCGUACUUAUAAAACUGAUGGAUUUAAAUAAGGAUGGCUUUGUUGAACGUCACGAACUUAAAGCUUGGAUAUUAAGGUCUUUUAAAAAACUGGGUGAAGAAGAAGCGGCAGAUCGCUUGGAAGAAAUCGAUGAAAACGGUGAUGGAAAUAUCAGUUGGAAGGAAUAUCUUAAAGAUAGCUUUUCGAUGGAGGAGGAAAACGAGAAAAAUGAACUAAUCGAUUUUGAUAGCUACGAUGAGGAGAAAGAAAUGAUUAAAUCCGAUAAAGAGCUAUUCAAUGCGGCCGAUUUGAAUAAAGAUGGAGUCUUGGAUUCAAAAGAAUAUGUAUUAUUCUAUUCACCAGAGGAACAUCCCGAAAUGUUGCCAAUUGUAUUGGAGCAUACACUCCGCGAGAGGGAUACAAAUCACAAUGGAGAAAUUGAUUAUGCUGAAUAUAUUGGUGAAACUGGGAAAGAUCGUAGUCGAGAAUGGUUAAUUGAAGAAAAAGAUCGCUUUGAUCACUUGGAUGAGAAUAAAGAUGGUUUAUUGGUGGGAAAUGAGGUACUCAAUUGGGUAGUGCCGAAUAGUGAGACUAUAGCCAAAGAUGAAGUUGAUCAUUUAUUUGUUUCGACUGAUGAAGACCAUGACGAUCGUUUAAGCUAUUUGGAGAUAUUAAGUAAUUAUGAUACAUUUGUUGGCAGCGAAGCGACAGAUUAUGGUGAUCAUUUGCAAAAUAUAAAUCAUUUUAUUGAUGAACUGUAGAUCCUUAUUUAUAAGAAUAAUAUCAUAAAUUCGAUAAUAAGUUGAACCGAACGUACAAUUAUUGUGUGUUGUAUAACUUUAUGUUGAAAACUAUAUACAAUUUAUUAUAAAUUUUUCAUUUAUACAAGUCCUACUUAAUUUAGAUUAAAAGUUUCAUAAUACAAUCAAUACUAUGUGUGUGUGUUUAUUUUUUGUGUAUAUAGUAUGUAUAUGUUGAUGAAACAUUGUGUAAUAAUAAGCAUACAAAAUAUGUAAUACUUUAAAUUAAUCAGUAGAUAAUUGUUUAUUUAUAUUAUUAUACAGAAAAGAGUUCCUGUUUGACAUACAUAUGGUGUGUUGCGUAAGCGGAGACAAUUUUUUUUUUUUUUUUUUUUUGUG